AAUCAAAUAACGAGAAAGCAUGUUACAAACGUUCGCUAAAUGUUUUACGAAAAUGUAAACGGCAAAGAGUAGGUAAAUAAGCGGACUGGGUUGCCGCAGGGCGUCGGGCCCGAUCCUAAAAUGGAAACGCGCCCGUAUCUGAUCUACAUUUAAUUACUAACAAGGAGGUGUAAUUUGACUACAUACAAUUUUAAACGCAUCAAGUUUCUACUCAGCUCAGUAUAGCUGGCGCCGGGUAGCACAAUGGUUCUCCUAACGUCUCUCUGGCGGGCAAUAACCCAUACUAAAGCCUUAGAGGAAUCCAGUGGCGAAAUGGAAACUACAUUUUUUGAGAGCGUUUAUCGCAUCACUUAUAUAGCAGGGUUGUCAAACUCCGACCAUGGCUUCUUCUACAAGCUCUACAGCAACACCGUGAAGUUAAUGAUAGCAACGUUCAUGGUAGGCGAGUGGUGGUACAUGCUCACCUUCAUAUCCUCGCUGGACAUCGUCAUCGAGCAGUUGAACGUCAUCCUCAUACAAGUGAUGGCUAUGUUUCGGUAUAGGUACAUGCGAAUGCACGAGCCCGUCUACAGGAAAUUGGCGACGUCCAUGCAGACCUCAAACUUGGACACGUCGACUCCCGCGAGGAAGGCGCUGGUGGAGUACUGGAUGGAGAGGAGCGAGACAUACUUGAAGCUUAUGCUGGGACUGGGCAGCCUGACACUAGCCGCAUGGUAUGUUUACCCUUUGGUGGACGAUAUAGAAUACAAUCUACCCGUGGGCCUGCGGCUCGGCGUGGACUUCAGCAGACCCUCGCGGUAUCCCAUCGCUUACAUCGUUCACAUCGUCGCUUUCCACUAUACCGCCUUCUUCAUAAUGGUAAACGACGUCAUCAUGCAGGCGCACCUCAUACACCUCAUCUGCCAGUAUACGAUUCUGGCUGACUGCUUCGAGAAUAUUCUAGUCGAUUGCGAGAAGGACUUUAAAGGUUUAAGCAGCGACCAACUUGUUCGUGACAGCCGCUUCAGAGAAGUUUAUAUUUCCCGGCUGGGCCUCCUGGUUGAACAACACAAAAAGAUUUUGAUGCACACUAUGGAGCUCCGUAAGACCAUAAGCCUGCCAAUGUUGGGACAAGUGACGGCAAGCGGCUUGCAAAUUUGUUUCGCGGGUUAUCAAGUCGCGAUGACGUUGACUGUGAGUUUCACCAAGUUCUUCAUGAGCUUGCUGUUCCUCGGUUACAACUUGUUCGAGCUGUUCGUAAUUUGCCGAUGGUGCGAUGAGAUUAAAAUUCAGAGCGAGAACAUCAGCAACGCGCUGUACUGCUCAGGCUGGGAGUGCGGGGUGGCCACCAUGGCAGGAGUGCGCGCGCGCCUCAUGCUGGUCGUCACGCGGGCCUCCAAGCCGCUCGUGCUCACUGCGGGCGACAUCACAGACCUAUCGCUCAACUCCUACUCUAACUUGGUGAAGACUUCAUACAGUGCUCUUACAGUUUUACUUCGCCUGCGUCACGAGUAAACACCAGAUAUACAACACUUCAAGCGUUGCUAAAGCAUGACUGCGUGUAGCACAUUCCCCUGUU